UGUUACUCAUGAAGUAUCCACUUCCGGUCUCUUUAACCUGUGUAAUCCAACAUGACCACAAGGAACAAGAAGACGAGGAAGUUGAGAGGACACGUCAGUCAUGGAAAAGGACGUAUAGGAAAACACAGGAAGCAUCCUGGUGGUCGUGGAAACGCUGGAGGCCAGCACCACCACAGAAUUAACUAUGACAAAUACCAUCCAGGUUACUUUGGUAAAGUUGGUAUGAGGUACUUCCACAAAACUCUUAACAAGUUUUUCUGUCCAUCUGUCAAUGUGGAAAAACUGUGGUCCCUGGUGUCUGAGAAAACCCGGGAAAACUACAAAGAUAACAAAGACAAGGCUCCAGUCAUCGACGUCGUACGAGCUGGAUACUACAAGGUUCUUGGAAAGGGACAUCUUCCCAAACAGCCAGUGAUUGUCAAAGCUCGUUUCUUCAGCCGAUCAGCAGAACAGAAAAUCAAGAAAGUUGGAGGAUGCUGUGUUCUGACAGCAUAAACAAUGUAUAGAUGUGGUCAAGCUUUCAUUAUCAAUAAAAGUAAUGAAAGUA